AUGGACGACCAUCUAGCCUUCCGACGUAAUCGCAAGUUCAGUAUCAACCGGAAUACCGGCCUACCCCGGCCUGCCCGCCGCUUCUCCCUGGGCGAGCCGGGCUAUACUGUAGCCAGGCCCAUCGAGACUUCCGUGCUGCUCAUGAAGGGUAUUAUGAAUCUCAGUGCUAGUGUCGAGAUAGGGAGCUUUGCUAACAUUGAUAGUCACCUCCCCCAUGCCGGCCUCGAUCCCACCCGCUCGUCUACCGGCGUUGUUUGGUGCACCGAGCAAGCUGCCGAACACGGUUUCCUCGAUGAACCCGAGAAGUGGGCGAACCUUGGCCAGGGUGCCCCCGAGGUCGAUGACGAAAUCGAAGGCUGCUUCCCGCGCCCCAAGUCCAUCGAUAUUAGCACCGCCAGCCGCGAGUAUGGCCCUACCGCCGGUAUCAAGCCUCUCCGCGAGGCAGUGGCUCGCCUCUACAACGAGAUGCACCGCAAGGGCAAGCCCAGCCAGUACACCUGGGAGAACGUCUGCAUCGUGCCUGGCGGCCGUGCCGGUCUGAUACGCAUUGCUGCUGUGUUGGGCAAUACAUACGUUGGCUUCUUCAUCCCCGAUUACACUGCCUACAAUGAAAUGCUCUCACUGUUCAAGAACUUCGCCGCCAUCCCCGUCCCUCUCUCCGAAGAAGACGGCUACCACAUCCAUCCGGACAAGAUCGCCGAGGAAAUCUCCCGCGGCACAGGCGUCAUCCUGACCUCGAACCCGCGUAACCCGACCGGCCGCGUUGUGACCAACCCGGAGCUGGCCGAGAUCCAAAAUAUUUGUCGUGACCGCGCGACUCUGAUUUGCGACGAGUUCUAUUCAGGUUAUAAUUACACCACUGAUUGUGAUGGGUCGACUAUCAGCGCGGCGGAGAAUAUCGAAGACGUUGAUAAGGACGACGUCCUCAUCCUCGACGGCCUGACCAAGACCUUCCGCCUUCCCGGCUGGCGCGUUGCCUGGAUCCUCGGCCCAAAGGACUUCAUCAAGGCCAUCGGCUCCUGCGGAAGCUACCUCGACGGCGGCACUAACGUGCCCUUCCAAGAAGCCGCGAUUCCCAUGCUCGAGCCCUCCUUGGUCAAGCAAGAGAUGGCCGCGCUGCAAAAACACUUCCGCGAGAAGCGCGACUAUGUCGUGGCCCGCUUGCGCGCCAUGGGCUUCUCGAUCCGCUAUGUGCCAGACUCAACCUUCUACUUGUGGCUGAACCUGGAAGGCUUGCCUGCGCCGAUCUCGGACGGCCUGAACUUCUUCCAGGCUUGUUUGGAGGAGAAGGUUAUUGUCGUGCCGGGGAUUUUCUUCGACUUGAACCCGUCGAGGAGAAGGGAUUUAUUUGAUAGUCCGUGCCAUCACUUUGUGAGGGUUUCAUACGGGCCGAAGAUGGAGGUGCUGAAGAGGGGGUGUGAUGGGAUUGAGAGUGUUGUUAAUAAGUUCCGCAACAUGGAGAAGAAGCUUAGAGGUCAGACCCAGGCGAACCAGCAGACUCAAAACUAG